AUGGGUUGUUUUUAUUCAUCAUUGAAAUGUAGGGAGACACAAUAUUCAUUCACUUCACAAGAAAUAUCAUAUUUAAUUGAAGCAUGGAAUAUUUUGAAAACAACUGGUAUUGUUAAAUUUGCUGAUGAAGUUCUUAUCAGGACUAUGUAUCAGAGUUCAUCGCUCCGACAGUUUUGGACAUCAAAAAUGUUGAUUGAUGCUAAUAAUUUUGAUUUUGGUGAAGGUGAAUCAUGUAUAAGAACUGAGUUAAGUUGGCAUAUUGGAUUACGUGAACAUAGUACCCAUUUUAUUUUGACAUUUGAAAAACUUUUAUCAUCAAUUAAUGAUGAAAACCUUCUUUCAAGACAAAUUCAAUCUCUUCAACUUUUACAAAAUAUAUCUACACUUGAUCAUGAUUCUUUAAUAAUAUUGAAAAAAUGUAUCAUCGAUAUAAUUCGCGAACGUUUUCAAACAGUUAACUAUGAAUUUACAAAUUCUUAUGAGCAAGCAUGGGAUAAAUUUUUAUCAGUUAUUCUUAAAUGUUUAUUAGCAAAAGCGAAUACACCACAAGGACCUACAGACAAUAUGAUUUCACCUAUAAUAAUCAUUGAUCAACCAUCAAAUAAUACAUCCAAUUUAUAA